AUUGUCAUUUUCAAAAAGCCAGAAAGCAGAUGACUUCGGUGUGAAGAGGUACAUUUUCGCUUAUCCUCUUAUACGAUCAUCGUGUGCGUGAAAGUUUCGUGUUUACGAAAAUCGAGAAGGGAAUAAUUUGUGUAAAAGUAGAAUAUAACGUAUAAAAAAUAUGUGUUAAAGUGAUUAUAAUCAAGCCUAUGGUCUAGUUUAGUGUUCUCUUUAUUGUGAUCGUCCACAUUAAUCAUUCGAUUAACGAUGACGUGAAAAGAAGACAAAAAAGAAACGUUCCAAGGAUGCAGGUCAGACGGAUAGGUCUGAAAAAGACUUGCGGUCUCUUGCUUACCGCCAUAGUUCUCUAUGUUAUCGUACAUUCGUUCGUUGGACCAAUGACGUCGGUUCUGUCUUCUAAUAUGGUAUCAGAACAGAAAUACGUCAUCGGUAACGAUAAACGAAUGUACGAGUAUAACCGUCAGAUGCCGCUCAUAUUUAUUGGAGGAGUACCGAGAAGUGGUACGACGUUAAUGAGGGCGAUGUUAGACGCACAUCCUGAUAUUAGAUGUGGCCAAGAAACGAGAGUUAUUCCGAGACUGCUCCAGAUGCGUUUUCAUUGGUUGAAAUCGGAGAAGGAGUCGCUACGACUCGAACAAGCCGGUAUCACAAAAAACGUACUGGACGACGCGAUCGCGGCAUUUACCUUGGAAAUUAUCGCCAAACACGGCGAACCCGCCCCCAGGUUAUGUAACAAGGAUCCCUUGACAAUAAAGAUGGGCACGUAUGUUAUCGAACUCUUCCCCAACGCCAAAUUCAUAUUUAUGGUACGCGACGGCCGCGCGACGGCUCAUUCCAUUAUCUCUAGAAAAGUGACAAUCACCGGCUUCGAUUUAAGCAGUUACAGGCAAUGCUUGAAGAAAUGGAACUCAGCGGUUGAAGCAAUGAACAAUCAGUGCAAAGAAUUGGGACCAAAAAAAUGUCUUACGGUACCGUAUGAACAAUUAGUUCUACAUCCAAGGAAAUGGAUGCAGACCGUUUUGAAAUUUUUGAAUGUUCCUUGGAACAAUUCAGUUCUGCAUCACGAAGAUUUCAUCAACAAAGGAAUAGAAUUGAGCAAGGUGGAACGUUCUAGUGAUCAAGUAAUUAAACCAGUAAAUCUAGAAGCCAUGACAAAAUGGGUAGGAAAAAUACCUGAAGAUGUCGUUAGAGACAUGGCUGAAAUAGCGCCCAUGUUAUCGGUAUUAGGUUAUGACCCGUACGCUAAUCCUCCAAACUACGGCAAACCAGAUGACGAAGUAGCCAGCAAAACUAAGGAAAUACAAGAAAAUAAGAACGUUUGGGAUAGAAAAGCCAAAGAAAUGCUGUGGAGUUAUUUUACAGAACCUGAUCCCGGUAUCGAUAGAGAUCCUAGCGAAAGUCCAAAUAGUAUUACUUGACAACUGAUCGAUUAGACCUACGUUGGGAAUAAUUUUAAUAUCGUAAUUAAAUCUUCAGGUAGUUUUUUUCACAUGUUUCGAAAAGAUGUAAAAACAUAAAAUUACUUGGCGGUUUUAAUUUUGUUUAGUUAUUCCCCGAACUGGUCUAUCUGGCGAUUAAUAAAUUAAAUUUGUGUGUGGACCAUUUUUUAGUGAUACUAAUAAGUUGUGAUGGAGAUUGACAUUUUGUGAUUAUUGAAUUGGUGUCUGCUCAAAUUAUGGAAUCGGGAAGUGCGGGACCAUGCAAAAUGGUAAUGCAUCUUAGUUUUUGGUAUACUCAUCAAUGAUAGUACCAAAAUUAUUCUCGAUUUGCCUCACGUUGUUGCUAAUAAUGUUAUUGGCGUUAGGUUUUUGUACAGUUAAGCAGAGUUUAUACGAAGCGCCUUCGCUAGCUGCGCUCUACACCCGAAUCGUAUCCUUCAAAUGAAUUAGCCUUUAGCUUGUAAACGCUCCCCCAGCCCCAGAUCUUGUAUAUUUUUCGAUUAACAACACACUAAUAAAUAAUUCACGGAAAAAGCGUACCAACAUCAAAAUGAAAUAAAAGAGUUGUACAUGAAUGACUCGAAAAUAGCAGAUAAAACUGGAAGAGGAGUAUAGGGCCCAGAAUUAACACCGUGAAAGAUUAGACAACAAACCAAACAUUUUUUGAGCAAAAACAUACGCCAUUGAAAAAAAUUCCAAUGUCAUAUAAUCCAAGCCUGAAGAAGUUGAAUGAGCUUAGAAAAAAAAUGGACGGACAUUGUAGGGACAGAUUUGCUAAAGUAUAGAAGGAAAAUCUUUCCGUAUUUCCUGAACCCUUCUAUGGAAUCGGAGUAGAAAAGAAGAAGAAGAUAAUUACUUCAUCGAUAGUCAUUAAUACAAGUCUACAAGUUGUUCUAGUACCAAAGCGCGCGUUUCUUUAUUUUUGUAUGAAUCACAACACCAUUUAUACCACAAGCAUUCGUCCUCUCCAUAAACGAAUUUUCCUCUUCGUUGAAUUUUCUCGAAAUUUUGUUGUAGAAAUUCCGAAACCAAGCCAGCGCUGGCUACCAAUGAGACUGUGCUGGGAGGAACGUUUAUGAGCCAAAAGAAAAAUGGUUUGAUGGAUACGAUCUGUUUGUAAAGCCAAAACGAUAAUGAAACUUCUAAUUUUAUUUUUGUUGAUAAUGCAGUAUCUUGGCGUUGACACGAGCUCUGUAUAAGUGAAAGUAACUCAUCUAAGUUUUCAGCAACAACCAAUUUAUACUCAGAAGAAUCUUGGUUGUUUCAAUAACAAAUCAGAAGCUCUAGUUAUAGGUCUUGACCAUUUUCUUAUGGAAAGUCGUUUCGCUGUUUUGUAUUUUAAUGUAUAUCAAUCAAUUCUUCUCUUAAUUGUGCAGAGAAGUUGUUUAUAAACAUGAAUAAAUGAAUGGACUCGUCUAAACAACAGUGGCCGGGCUAACAGGUUUGUCUGCAGGACUGGCAGCUAGUGAAGGCUUCGUAUAAACUAGGCAUUACAAAUUAUUUGCUCCGAAAGUCUAUAAACUUGAUUUUAAACAAUAAAAAAAUCAUAUUGGUCUAAAUUCCUCAAGUAUAGUGCCAUUAUUACCAUGGAUGAUAACCAUAAAAUUUCAGAAUAAAACAAUGUCAUUUAUUAUGGCUAUAUGCUCACAUUUUACAUGGUCUCUGCUAAAAACUUGGGCCAUUAUUAAUGAUUAGUUUAUGUAUACUUUCGAUCUGUUUCCAUAAUACGAUUUUACGUUUUUUUUAUUUUAAUACUAUUUUAAGAAGACUUAAAAUUUUGUAUUGUUAUCAAAGUAACAAGAGUUCAAAUAGGUUGUAGGUAUUUAUAACUUAAUUUGUUUAUAAAUAAAAUGCGGGUUCUUAUUACACCGAUUACAGUAAUUGUGCUCAGACAAAUUUGAGGAAAAAAAAAUUGUAUUUGAUAUUCAAUCAAUCCGAGCUUUCAUUUCACCUAGCUUGAAUUUCCUGGUAAAUUUCCGUUGACAUUUAAUAUUUUAAAUUGGAUAUACACAUUAUCGGAUUGGUACUGACUGUACUAGUACCAAUCAGGAUCUGUCUUCAGUGUUGCCAACUCUAAAAAAAAUUUUUCCAUAAAACCCAAAUCAACAACCCCUAAAAUACCCACAAUUACUAGGGAUCCCCUUGAAAUAAAUAAAUAAUACAUUAAAAAUAUAAAA